AAAUACAAACUUUCCGUUCCGACAAUAGAACGAUAGUCUACCUGGAUGAAACCUGGUUGAACGCCCAUCAUACCCAUGAACGUUGCUGGCUAGACUAUGAUGGCAGAGGAGGUAUCCGAGUGCCAUCGGGAAAAGGUGGUAGACUCAUCAUUCUCCACGCUGGCAGUGAGCACGGCUGGAUUCCCAACGCAGCUCUCAUUUUCAGGGGUAAGAAGGGAAGCGGGGAUUACCACGAUGAAAUGAAUACCAAGCAUUUUAUGGAAUGGUACCAAAAACAGCUGUUGCCUCACUGUCCGCCCAAGUCGGUCAUUGUCCUUGACAACGCCAAGUACCACAAUGGUGUUGUUGAGAAAGUGCCCACCAAGAGCAGCACGAAAAAGGAUAUAAUGGCGUACCUGGACAAGCACAGUAUUACCUACGAUAAGCAACGCCUGAAAUCUGAGUUGUUCAUGCUAAUAAAGGCGACCAACCCACAAACGAAAUACCUCACUGACGUUCUCUCCAAUGAUGCAGGUCAUGAUGUCCUCAGACUUCCGGUGGGCCAUUGUGAACUGAAUCCUAUAGAACUGGUAUGGGCGCAAGUCAAAGGAUACGCUGCAGACCACAACAAGGAGUUUACAAUGAGAGCCAUCGAACAACUGGCCAGAGAAGGCGUUGAAAACGUGUCGGCGGCCAAAUGGAAGAAGUGUGUCGACCACGUUAUCCAGAAAGUGGAAAACCACUACAGAACAUCAGACGGCGUGGUAGAACAAGCAGUAGAAAGUCUAGUUAUAGAAGUAGGUGCAGAGGACUCUUCAGACAGUGAAGAGAUCCUGCUAGGAGACGACGAGAAUGAUAACAAUGAUUAGUACAAUUAGUGUCGUGGGUGUCAUUUACUGGCGGUAUUCUUUGUCGGUAAUGCAUGGGAGGAGUCUCUUUCAGGAAAUAUGCUGUAUCUACGAACACA